AUGGCUGUGCAGAACAUAGCGGUAAAGUUAUGCGGUAUAUUACAAUCUCUGACUGAUGACGAAAUAACAGCGCGCGAAUGGCGUUUGCUAGGACAAGAGCAGGAUGGUACUCAGCUUCUGUCAUGGGUUUCCACAAAAGACACCAAAGAAGUCUUAAACAUAGGCCUAUACACCAACAAGACAAAGACAUUGACUACUUUGUACAAUUUUAAUGAGAACCUUAAUAUUAUUCAGGCUUCAGUUAACGCUUCCCACACAUUACUGGUUUAUGUUGUUAAACAACUUCCUAAUGAAGAUUGUGGGACAUUGGAAGCGUUAUAUUGCCCAUAUUUACUAUGUCUACUGCCAGACAAACCCAGUGAACCUGUGGCAAUUGAGGAGGGCUCAACCAAGCAAAUAAUGGUACAAUAUGUAUAUGGAAAGAGUAAUAAAUACAGUCCUGGUAUUAGGAAUGAUCGGUUUAUCCUUUUCAAGCAUUUGGAAUGUAUAAAAAUCUACCGCACUCCAAUGUUCCUGAAUGAGUGUGACGAUGGCACAGAGAAAUGGGGCUUCGAUGGUGUGUACCCUGAGCCUGAGACCAUUGUCAAGGUUUUCUCUUGGGCACAGUGGGACUGUGUUAACCAGGUACUGUACUACAUUCACUACCGCGAGCCAACAAAGAGCUUCGCGGAGGGCGAGGAAGUCAAGUCACCGUCGGAGAUGACGCCGAUGCUUUCUGCGCUGCAGUUUCACGCAGAUCUACCGCACGAGACUGUGCUAAACAUUCCUUUGAGUCUGCCUCACUUACCAUCGGGCGCAGGCGGCGGUGCCGCAUGCGGUGCGUACGAAGACGCGCCAUUGCCUCUGAGAGUCCACGACUGCAGCCUCGAUCUGCAGAUCAUCUGUGAUCAGCGCGGGUUGCUUUGCAUUUGUCACCAUUAUCUUUACAAACCUCUGGAUGAUUCGACCACCUCCUUAGUUCUAGAAGACAGCGCGGACUUGAAAGACUCCGGCGUUAACUUCGCCUACUCUAUAACUCUAUUGCAACAUGGCGUGGUGGUACAUAGCGUUGUGCCUGAUCUCCCUUGGGCCUUGGCAAAGUCAUUACGGCCUUCUUACACUCUUUAUGAGGAUAACCACCUGCUGGUAAACAUUCCUAUGCUAUACACGCACCUCAUCGACAUAAGUGUUCACCAUGAACCGUGCUGCCAUAUCGUCAUAGCAGCCGAAGACAGCAACAGCGGUCCUUCCCUAGCUCCCAUUCUCGGCUGGGGAGCCCAUGCUAUGGUCGACUUGAACACACUUGAUGUUGUCACUAUGAAUGUAGCUGAGAAAGAUUUGAUUAUGACUUUUAAGAAUAACAACUCUGUGGAAAACAAGUUGGCCGUAAUACAUUACUUGAUUCAACAUGAAGGGAAUUUAGAUUUGGCUGAAGAGCUGAUAUCGUGGCUAUGCGUGAACCAACGGACGUGCGUGUCGGGCGACGUGCAGCGCUGCAUGCAGGAGUACCUAGUGGGCGCCACUUUCGCUGUUACACGACGCGCGUUGCCCAAUACUGCGAUGCCUUUGAUGCGGAUGCUGCCUUUUACCAUGCACCUUAAGUUCGCUGACGUUAAGGUUCGCGAUUUGUGCGUGUCUGUGUGUAUGGAGAAGUUAUGGAACAGCAGUGCAGUGGUGCUGGCAGCACGACAGCGUGUGUGCCAGUUCGUGGAGGACGUGUGGACGCGGCUUUGGACCGCGUUGAAUACUCCUCCGCGCAACCGCUUGACGCCACAAGCGGUGCUUGACAAGUUAAGAGUCAGCUUAUACUGCUAUCAGCCCGAGGCACUGUCACGGUGCAGUACGCCGAUGUCCCCCACCGCUUCUGCCCCGUCAAUUUCGGCUCCGCAGCGGCGAUCCUCCAUCGGCACUGGGCAGGAGCUGCUGCCGUUCUUUGAAGUCGACGUUUGUACUGCUAGCAAACAAGAGCAUGUUAUUGCCGCGAACCUACGCGAAGUGAGCGUACAUCUCAUGCGUGAGACGUCAAACCAAACCGGGUCAGGUCCCACCGGUGGGACGGGUGGGCGAGGCGUGGAGAGCGGCGUCCACGCCUUGGCUACACGCUGGGCGUCAGCGCAGUUGGACGCGUCACGAGCCUUGUGCAGAGCCAUCUGCCGAGCACUCGCCGCUACUCCUGCGCACAAUCAGCAACGUGGCUUCACUUUCAUCGAUGAAAUGGAGCCGGCACACGCGUUCAUCCUUUUCAAAGUUCUCGAGCAAUAUUAUUUAGCCACAGAGUCAGCUGCGUUCCCUCUGCCACAAGGCUUUAGUUCUUUCUUCACUUACCUCGGAUACCGUGCACUGCCCUUCCACACCUUCGUGCAACAUGUGCAUCGCAGCGUGCUGGAGUUGCAGAUUGAUGUAGUCAAGGCUAUCAUUGCUUCCAAAGACGACGACAACAAAACGACGGUGAACAACAAGCUGCGGCUGAUCCAGCUGGUGGGCGAAGGCCGCGCCCGGCGCGCGCUGGCGGCGUGGCCCAGCAAGGCGGCGCUGGGGCUCCGGGCCCGGGACCACGCCGCCACGCUGCUCAGCGGCGGGGGCGCGGGGGGGCACCUCGAGCAGACGAGGCAUCGGCCCGUUAGAGAUACUGCUGGGAUAGCUGCCCUACCCUCAGGCGAACGUCUUUCUCCAUUGGACACAUUCUUGGACCUUCUUACGGCGAAGGCAAGCCUUAAUGAGCUAGACUUCAAUCUAAUCAUCGAAGCUACAUUAGCUUCUGUGCAGCAGGAUAUAUCAUAAUUUCCUAUGUGAAUCUAAAUGUUUUUGAAUAAGGCACAUUUUUAUGUCUAAUUUUUGACCACUCAAUUUUAUUGAAAAAAUUUAGUUCUUAUAUCGUCUCGAUGUUUUGUACAAAAGGCGUAAGCGACAUUUCGAAAAAUUUUCAGGGGAGCAUGUCAGGUUAGGCAUGGUAUGUUAGGUUUUAACGACUGGUUUAAAAUAUUUACGUCCCGUUUUAAAAUUCAAUUUUGGUUUUAAUUAAGUUUAAGUUUUAAAAUGGAAUUUAAAACAGGUCGUAAAUAUUUUCAAACAAUCGUGAAAACCAAAAACAUGCUCACCUGAAAGUUUUUUCGAAAUGUCGCUUAUCAUUUCUACAAAACAUCUAUAUAUCUAUAUAUUUCGUGUAAAUUAUUAUAUUUAUUUUCAAAUCAUAAUUUUUCUUAUAGUAUUCAUUCCUUUCCAAUCUUAGAUCUCCUGAUCAAUUUUCGCCAAUUUUCUUACCCUUUGAUAUUGGCACAAAGUAUUCUAGUUCUAUUUAUGAAAAAAAAAAGUGUUGCCUAUACAGGUGAUUUGUAAAAUUCUAACAACCUCACAGGACUAUAUUAUUAACAAAACAAACAACAAAUUCUGCUCGAUGACUUCUUAUGAAACAUAAUAAAUUUACCAAAAAUAAAGGUAACAAAUUGUUAUACUAUCUGCCACUUUUUACAUCUGUAUCUGGGUGUCUACUUCCGUUCUCGGUCGAAAACAAUUACUGUCAAAUAAGUAUUACUCGACCUAAUAGACCUAAAAGAGGCAUGAUGCGAAUGAAGCUUCAUACUUGACAUUGCCCUUUGAUUUGGUGGAGUAUUUCUUAUUUGACAGUAAUCGUAUUGCAGACCCCAGGGUAGUAACUUCAAAAAUGCAAGCGUCCUCCCUGGCCGACGAAGCCCGACCCGCGCUCCCGCGCUUUACACAGUUAUCACCAUUUACAGUGGUUAUACACGGCGACCUUUAGCAGCGCAUGGCUACACUUGGGAUUUAUAGGCGAUUGCAUCUUGGCAGCUUAAAAUCGCGCUAGUGUGUAAAGGCAGACUAUUAGCGACUGCAUCACGUUUGUAUCGCUGCUAAAUGUGACCUAUUUAAAUAUUUUUGUAUGAAAGUAAAGUACGAUGAAUUAUGAAGCGAAGCAAAAGUUAUUCUUUAUGAUGUUAGUAAUUAUAAUCCGGUGAGGUUGUUAGUAUUUUACAAAUAAACCUAUAUACACAUCAUUUGCUUACAGUAAGGGAUUACGGUUUCCAUUUACUUUUAGUAUAGUACGUACAUGAUAAUGGUGGUACAUAAAAUGUAGAAGUCUUUUUUUGAAUUGCUACAUAUGUAAGAGAUCUCAUGUUGAUUGUUGCAUUCCGUUGUCUUGUUAUUUCGUCGCCUUACUGUCUUAAACUCGUAUUUUAAAGCACAAAUUUACUGAAAUGCAGAAAAUGGAUUGUAUAUACAAAUUUUGCAGGCUGAUUUUAUAUGACAUUUUCUUCGUUCAGUCGCAGAAUGUCGUCCACUUCGAAAAAUGUCUACCGCACGCAAAAAGUCCAUUUCUCAGAAUGUCCCUUUCGCAAAAUGUUCCUUUGGCA